UUCUCUAAGUAGUUACAGAUACAUGGAAACAGGAAACCAAACACACGUGUCAGAAUUUAUCCUCCUGGGACUCUCAGAAGAUACCAAAGUACAGCCCCUCCUCUUUGGGCUGUUCCUGAUGAUAUACCUGGUCACCUUCAUGGGGAACCUGCUCAUCAUCCUGGCCAUCACCUAUGACUCCCACCUCCACACACCCAUGUACUUCUUCCUCUCUAACCUGUCUUUUGCAGAUAUCUUUUUCACUUCCACCACUGUCCCAAAGAGGUUGGUGAACAUCCAGACAGGAACCAAAAUCAUAACCUAUGAAGGCUGCCUCAGCCAGAUGUAUUUUUCUAUGCUUUUUGCAGUAUUAGACAACUUCCUCCUGGCUGUGAUGGCCUAUGACCGCUUUGUGGCCAUCUGUCACCCCCUGAACUACACGGUCAUCAUGAACCCCCAGCUCUGCGGCCUCCUGCUGCUGGCAUCCUGGUUAUUGAGUGUUCUGGUCUCUCUUUUACAUGACUUGAUGGUUUUGCGAUUGUCUUUUUGUAGAGAGUUGGAAAUCUCCCACUUUUUCUGUGAACUUUCUCAGGUAGUUCAACUUGCUUGUUCUGACACAUUCCCCAAUGAUAUAGUGAAAUAUUCUGCAGUUGGACUUGUGGGUGUUAUUCCACUCACUGGGAUCCUUUUCUCUUACUCUAAGAUUGUCUCCUCUGUUUUGAGGAUUUUGUCAGCUAGAGGCAAGUAUAAAGCAUUUUCCACAUGUGGGUCUCACCUCUCAGUAGUGUCCCUGUUUUAUGGUACAGGUCUUGGAGUGUAUCUUAGUUCUGCUGUUGCCCAAACUUCAAGGGCAAGUGCAAUAGCCUCAGUGAUGUACACGGUGGUCACUCCCAUGCUGAACCCCUUUAUCUACAGUCUUAGAAACAAGGACCUAAAGCAAGCCUUAGAAAAACUCUUCAGAUGUGCAACAGUAUAA